GGUCUCCUCCUCGGCUGGGACGCACGCAUCGACCGGCGAGCACCGCACCGCCGCGUCCGUCCCCUCGCCGACGCAAGGCGGAGCCACCGAUACUGGUACACGGGCAUAGCGGGUGCGCGGCUCCAUGGCCGGAGGCAGCAGCCGCCGCCGCCGCCGUUCUCGCCUGAGAGCGCGGCCGCCGCAGGCCGACGAGCCCUCCCCGCCGCCGCCGGUGGCGGCACCGGCACCGGCACCAGCGAGUCUCGGCAACAGAGAAUCUGUUGCUGAAGAGGGCCCCUGUAAGAGAACUUGUGACGUCUCUGGGUCUACCGCCUCGCCCUCGUCGGGAUCUCAUGCUUGGGAUAACCUUCUGGACAGCAUGCUCCAUCAAAUCAUUGCUCUCAUUAGCUCAUUCCAUGACUUCCUUGCUUUCACUGGCACCUGCCGCUCUUGGCGUGCUGCGGCAUCUUCCUUCCCGUCUGUAUACACUUUCGCCUUCCCACCCCUCCACCUCGAACCAGAUAUUGGCCAUGGAAUUUUGAACUCUAAUCCUAAAUGGAAGCUUGUUGAUCCUGCCAAGAAAGCCUUAUCCCUUCGCUGUUCGGUGCCCAGGAUUACUCCAUGUCGCAUGCGCUAUCUGGGAUGCUCAAAUGGAUAUCUCGUCUUCUCCGAUCGGGAGCACUGCCACCUUGUCGAUGUGUACACGGGUGCUAAGGUGACGCCUCCCAAACUCCAAUCCGAUGGCAACUCUUUGAUCUAUGGAAUCCUUGUGGCUCCACUCAGUUCACCCAACUCUCAUCUCAUCCUUUUCUCGAAAACCUCCAUACUCCGGUGGCAGGUUGGAACAAAUUCCUGGACUGUGUACCCUCUUGUUGGUGAACCCAUCCUUCAGGUUGUCUUCUUCAAAGGUCAGGUGUUUGCCAUGGACUUUGUUCAGAGGCUUCAUACCAUACACAUCGUGCCUCAGCUCAGUAUACAAGAAGUAGCAGUUGUGUGGGAAGAGGGCAUGCUUGUAGGCAUGCAUUCUAAGCCAUGGUUGGUGGUCUGUGGUGACAUGCUUCUCUUGGUUGAUCUCUCGGUAAGCAUGGACCUACUGUUUGGCUUCCCUGGUCACUUUCAAAUAUUCCGCCUCGACUUUUCAGACGAACCAGCUAAGUGGGUGAAGAUGCAGAAGUUGGACAGCUGGGCUCUCUUUCUUGCAAAUGAUAGGAGGACCUCCACAUUUUCUUGCAUGAACCCUGAAAGAUGGGGAGGAAAAAGUAACUACAUUUAUGUUCCGACGGCAUCCGAAGACGAUGAUGAGCCAUGGACUGCAAUAGAAGUCGGGCAACCAGUGCCCAGCUCAACUCACCAUAUGUCAUUCAGUUCUGCAGCUACUGCCCAUUCCUGUCCACUAAAUAGCCUCUGGGUGCUCCCCAGUUUGGUUUGCGGAGUUCAACUCUAAUUGAUCACCGUUGCUUGUUGCAGUAGCAGUUGUGGCUUUAGGAUUUUUCUUAGUCUGUUACAAAGCAAGCCCUGUCAAUCGCUUCUUUUAUUAGUCUUUGUAACUUCCAUGGUUUUUGGACUCUGCACCAAAUGUAUUGUGUACAAGAAUAUUUAUAUAUAUUGUCUCAAGUGA